AUGUAUUUUCGUGAUUGUCAAAACUUUCCUAUGCAAAUUUUAUCAUAUUAUUUGAUACUUCUGAUUGGUACUGCAAAAGCUACUAUAUUCUCCGACUCAUGGGAAGCAUGUCAAAAUGAAUGUCUUGAUCGGAAUUUGGUAGUAGCACUCGCUCGUGGGGCUGUUGAUUGGGAGCCUUCUUUGCUUUCUACAGACCUAACUCAGCGAAUUAGCGCCUGUCAUAAUGGAUGUCAAGAUUUGGAAUCACCAAAAUCCACCUGUUUGGAGAGGUGCAGUCGUGUACCGCUCAGUGAUGUUUGUAUGCAAGGAUGUCGAGCCGUUACCGACAUCUUUCUUCAUCGCUUGCAAGUUUUGCUGAAUGGCGCACGAGUUACUAUUGAAGAGGAAUCAGUGGUGGGUGUGAGCACAGUUUGGAAUUUACAUACUGAACAUGGCUCAGUAAUGAACGAUAUCUUUCUACAUGAUGUCCAAUGGGCCGUGCAAAGUCGUCCGGCAAACUUAUCAUUUCCUUGGAAUAUUACAAUUUUCAAUGAAAAGUCAUUCAAUUUGGAUACAAUGAGAGCGGCAGUGAUUGUACCUUUGGUUUUUAGUGAAGAAAUUGAGGUGUUGUUUUUAAAAUAUAAUGUUGUAUUUCCGACCAAAGUAACUAUUAUUUAUUCAUUUCAUCUCAACUAUAACUUUCUUCGACUAUGUGUAUUUUGGCGUACUUACAUCACAGUUUCUCCUACAUAUCGUUUACCUGUGAAUGAUACCGAUGAUACAGUACCAUUAGCACCAGUAAUUGUAUCGCAGUUGCAAAUUUCAAAGAACAGUUUUGUUGUUUGUUGGAAAAGUGCAUUGCGACGUUUGUACAAAAUUUCGCUGUAUUCACUUGAUGGUAGAGAAAUGUUAACAGCUUUGAAAGAGAAUAAUUGUUAUUUAUUUCAAGAACUGAAUAGUGACAAUUGUUGUCGUGCCGAAAUUGGCUUUGCAAAUAUUACUGCUCUCACAGCUACUGUUUCUGUACGAAUUGAUCUAAUGAAUUCUGAAAGAAAUCUGCCAUCAAGGAAUCAAUUGAUCAUUACUAAUGGUACAUCACUGAUGAAACUGUAUGAUGUUAAUGAUUAUGCAGUACUCACCGAUCCGAAAAUCAUCCCGUUUAAGUUAAAACCUGGUAGAUCCAUCACAGCUUUGUGUUCGUUAUCAGCCAAACGAUUACUGAUUGCAUUAGAUGAUGGAAGCAUUUACUGGUUAAGCAUGGAUGAUGAAUCAGUAUCCAGUGGAUUAUUACGAACACCAGAUGGUACCGCAAUUGUACAUAUGGAUGUUGAUCACUUACAAGAUACUGUCUAUGCCGUUCUUUUUAAAAAAGGAAUCUUAAGGCAUAUUUACUGCAUAUUAAACGGUGGAGAAGUAUUCAUGUUACCGUUAUUCCCACUGAAUGCUCCUCAGAUUCUUCCAUUUUCGGUUACUGAAAAGCUUCCAUAUUUAGCAUUUGCACUUGAAGCUGAACCCGAAAAUUCCAGACUAAUUUUAUUAACAAAAACGGGAUCAAUUCUAGCAGUAAAUGUGAUAGAUCAGUCAGUCAUCGAUCUCCGUGAAAACGUUAAUGUGAAUGGUCAUUAUCAGAACAUCAAGAAAGCUCAUUCCCUCACUGAUCGACUGUUUUGGAUUUCAACUAAUUGUGGUGAUACACAUUUGUGGGAUGCGUGUUUGUAUAGUGAAGAGUAUGAUAUUGCACAAAAUGAAAUACAGCUAAAUCGUUAUUUGUAUGCAAGUCGAGUUGUCGAUUUUAUAUUCUUACAUGACACCCAAGGUGAAUGGCGUCGUUUGUUAUAUGAAUGCCGAAUAAUUGGCAGUGAUGGAGAUGAAAGCAAGACGAUAGAAUUAAAAGAUUUAAAUGAAACAGAUGUUAUCAUUCCUGUCUUACCUGGUUAUGAGUAUCAUGCAUCUGUUCGAGCAUGCAUCAGUACUAUAUGUUCUCCAUAUGCUAACGCUAUCAAUACAGCAUUUGCUCCAUUUACAGAAACAUUAGUAAUUGCUUUUAAUGGAACGAAAGACGCUAUCAAUUAUUAUGAUAUACUUGGAAAUCCAACUGAAAAUUUUACGUUACCUGAUUCUGUACUAAAGCAAGAGAGCAGUGUUUUCGCUUAUGAUGUAUUGCUAAAUUCUUUAUAUAUAGCUAAAACUAACAAGAGUUCAGUCAUUCGCAUACGUGAAGAUGGAACUCAUCAACAUUUUCUGAGUACGCUAACUGCCAAAUUCAUUACAAUAAUGCCAAGUAAAGCUCUAAUCAUCGUGGCAUCAGACUAUUUGAUAGUCGCAUAUCGUUUGACAUCAUCGUUUGAUCAAGAAAUUUAUUCUUGUGAAUCGUUCAGUGAAUGUGGUGAAGUUGUGGGAGUAGCUGGUGAUGAUGAGACUGGUGAUGUUUUUUAUUUGAUACGAUAUUUAAAUGGUAGUACAAGUUUGUUUACACUGAAUCAAGACAUUCGUACACCCUACUUCAUAUCUUCCUCUGAAAAUUUUCCGGUAUUACGGCAACUAAUUAUUGUAAGAGAGAAAUUGGUGUUCAUCACAGAAGAAGGCGAGGUUGGUGUUUGUGACAAAAAGCUUGGCUCGAUGAACAUUAAUUUAAUGCUGAAAAAUGUACUUCUUGCGCCGAUAUCACACUUGGAGCACGUCAAGCCAAUUAGUUUUGUUCGCAACUUGACAGCCGAUGAUUCUAGUGGCAGAAAUACGCUGACAUGGAGCACUGAAUCAACUUUUGGAAAAGGAAAAAUUAUCUUCAAAAUAACUUUAUACAAGGAAAAACGUGGUGCGGAUCGUAACGUUGAUUAUUCGUUAUCAGAAAAUUAUAGAAUCAGUGAAACACUUUUACAUCAAUGGCCUUCUAGACAGAAAUAUGACGCAGAAGUUGAAGCUUUCACUGCAUGGGACAUGGCGUGGAUAAAUGAAUCAGGCCUAAUUGCUCCAACAAAACCACCAGCUCCUCCAACAAAUCUUACUAUUUAUGCCACACAACAGAAAACAGUGGAUGGUGCUCGAGCACUGAUGGAUUUAUUCUGGGAUGAACCAACAGAAUGGAAUGGUGAUGCAUUGGGUUAUUUGAUUAAUUGCACAAUCGAUGGCAUGAAGGAGCCAGUCGCGGAAGUUCCGUCAACUACACGCUUUUACUCUUUUAGUGUGAAAUCUGGCAGUGUUAGUUGCGCUGUAGCCGCCCACAACGAACCCACGCUUGAAGCAUAUUCAGAUGUUGUUACAAUCGAUAGCAGUGAAAUUCGACCAUUUGUACGAUUAUUUGCAAUAAAUUCCAACAACAAUGUAAUUUCAAUCUCAAAUUGGUUACCUACAACACAGCUGCAGGCCCGUGCAAAAAGGCAGUCUUCCUCAGCACCUGCUAUCAGUGAACAGUCACUAGCAUUCAUUGGCAAUGAUUUAUAUUCAAUCAGGAAAGAUUCUGAUUCUACACAGACUUAUUUGUUCCAUAUCGAUCCUAAUAAUGUAGAAAAUAUUAUACAUAAGAUAUCAAUAGGUGGUGACAUUGGUAAAGUUGAUGCGAUGACAUCUGAUUGGGUAGCUAAUCGUUUAAUAUUUGUAUCAUCAGCUCAUGUCAUGCAGUUGCCUCUUAAUGCUCUUCAAAGUCUUUCUGUGAUAAAUCCUCGACGGAUAAUGAAUCUUUCAUCAGGGGCCGGUGAUGCAAAGCAGUUACUUUUCGAUCCAUUCUCAAGCACAGCUUUCUUACUUACUAAGAAUGGUUCAUUGCUUUCACUGAAUUUGAAUACGGGCAUCGAAGAAAAUAUGGCUCUCAGAUUUGAAUGUUUGAAAUCAGAAACAGUGUCUUGGAUGACCGCUGAUUUUGCAUGGAAUUUAGCUUCAUUACCAGCUAUUUAUGUACUCACAUGGAAUGGUAUGAUGCGAGUCGAUUUGACGUCUUUAAAAUGUGAAGAGAUUGAAUUUGCUUGGGAAAAAUUUGGAGAGAAAGGACUGAAGUCGAUACUUUCCUUUGCUAUUGCUGAUAAGUUGUAUAUAUUUGCUACUUCGUCCGUGCUGAUUGUGUACGAAUUAGGCUCAGCAACAGCGACACCAAUUGCCAUUAAUGGCUCACCUCUGAAACAAAUUCUUGUUGCUACUCAGUCAUCACAACCUUUUCCCGAACGUUCAUGUUUUGCUUUGCCACCGGCUUCGGAAAUUAAAUUUACUGUGCGUAAUGAAGAGCGAAGUGGUGCAUUAGUCUCAAUUAAUGAACCUAAAUCACUUGAUAUUUGCCCGGGUGUAUCAUUGCCUGCAACGCAGUAUGAAAUUCAUUUUCAACGAAAAGGAUCAGAUAAAAUAAGAAAUAUUCACAGUAUUAGCAAUGUACUUCACAUUGAGAAUGGUGUUUUGGACAAGGAAACAGAUUAUGAGGUAUCAGUUUCAUGGUUUAAUCAGUAUACUCAAAUAUCAGAAGCUAGUGCAACGCAAAUGCUUCGAACAGGUUAUGGCUUUCCAUCACCUCCACAGUAUCCGACUUUGUUUGCGUUAACACCGGACAUCGUAUUGCUUUACUGGAAAUUACCCGAAAAACCAAAUGCACCAAUUCCUGAAAUUAAAUAUAUAAUAAGUCAAACAAGUUCAACGCAGUCGCUGCCAUCAGCAAUUGCUGCGCAACAGUUCGAAGGAACGCAUUAUGCUUCUAUAGCUACGGAUGUGGUUUCCUGCUUGAGUGAUCCUUGCUCUGCAAAGAUUUCUAACCUUCGACCUUCUACUGAUUAUAAAUUUUGGGUCCGCGCAAUUCAUGUCAGUCAUCUAAACAGGCAGUUCCCAGAUGAUGCCGAAGGUAAUUCUGUAGAAGCAUCUGUUCGUACGAAAGACGUUGCUGGAACUUUACGUCCCGAGAAUAUUACUGGUAGCAGUGUGGUGCUAAGAUGGAAUUCCUUAGAUCCUGAAUCAAAACCGAAAUAUGUAUCUUUUCAGUAUCGUAUGGUUGGAGAAAAUGCUUUAUGGAAAUCACCGCUGAAUGCAACUUUUGAAGGAUCGAUCAAGUCAGUAGCAAUAGUUGUACGUGCUUUGCACUCAGCCACUACUUAUGACUAUCGUUUUGCAGCAAAAUACGUGAACACUCAUCACUAUGCAAAUCAUACUUUCUCAUAUAACGAAACAUUUUUUCAUGUUUCGCAGCAGUUUCGAACAAAACCAGGCACACCAUUAGCACCAAGUCAUAUACGUCUUGUUCAAGAGUAUGAUGAAUGGAUUGUACGCUGGGAUAAACCGUUGAAUGAUGGCGGCUCAUCUGUAACUUCAUAUGCCCUUGAAUUCAGGCCAAACAAGGAUGCGGAGUGGGAAAUCGCAGAACGAGGGUUGGCAGGUGACUGUUUAUGGUGGAAACCGUCACGAAUCAAUUUUUCUCCCGAACUUGCUGAGUUUCGAGUUCGAGCUGCAAAUUCUGAAGGUUUUGGGGCUUACGCUUACUCAAAAGUUCAUGUAUAUUAUCAACGCAAUGAUAGAAAGCGAUGUAAAGUUAGGCCACAAGAAAUCAGCUUGCAUGGUUACACAAGUUCGUUCAAUAGAAACACUUUACCGUCACGAGUCAUUAACGAUCUGAAAACAAUUCCUCGAGUUCCAAAAAAUAGCGUCAGCCUUUCACGCACUAUCGGCAAAGGUGGAUUCGGAGAAGUUUAUGAAGGAGUUGCAUGUGGAUUACCUCAGUCUCCUGCAAAAGCAGUUCGAGUUGCUGUUAAAGUGAUGUCAUUCGUGAAAAGUGGAGGAAAGCCUGAAAAACCUCAGUACUGCCCAGAUGAAAUAUUUGCAAUUGUGGAACGUGCAUGGAUUUAUCACUCAGAAGAACGCCCAAGUUUUGCGGAACUUAUGCCAGAAUUAGAAGCGUUACGUGGUUGUCCAGCUUAUCAGGAAGAUGCUCCAUAUCCUCCAACUUCUUCAUCAGGAAGAACUGAUUCAAAUUUUGAACUAUCCUUCAAUUCAAACUUGAGUAAAGCAGAAAGUAUACGAAGUGGGAGUAUUCGAUUUGAUAAAAGUGAUAAUCCUUCGACAAAAAAACAAGGCCGUCCAUCGAUUCUACGCUCACUGCGUAAAGAUCGCCCAAAGCCGCCGUUGCGCUUGUAG